AUGUCGGCGUCACCGGUAGCCAGGCAAGCUACGCACAGCCAAGCGAUCCCAUCCCGGAAAGUCCUCAUCACAGAUCCUGCUCAGAUGCCAGACGUCUAUUCCAGCACGCCCGGUGGCACGAUAUACUCUACUACGCCUGGAGGCACCAAGAUAGUCUACGAGAGGUCUUUUAUGAUGUCGCUGCGUCAAUCGCCGAUCUCGCAGACCCCACCGGAUUGCAACUUGCCCGCAUCUUUGCUACGGAAUCCGGGCCCUGUGACACAGACACCGAGCACCCCUGCGCAAAAACCACGCUCCAACUCUGUCUCCUUCGACGAGUCGCAGGAAACCUUUAACAUGGAUCUC